AUGUCCUUGAUUCGAGAGCUUGAAAAAGCAGAUCGCGAUUUGCAGUUCGACUUCCUAGGUCUACCGCCAGAAGUACGUCAGAUGGUGCUCCGGUACGUCUGCGUCGGUUCCGCUACCACCUUCCAUCCUCAGCAGCAACCUGCCAUCGCCAGGACUUGUUCACUCUUGAGAAGCGAAGCCUUGACUUUGUACUAUGGUAGCAACAGAUUUGCCAUCUUCGUCAGCAAGACGAAGCCUGGGAUGAGCUACAAAGCACCAUCUGACUUAAACAGCUGGCUUCAUGAACUCGAGCCAUGUGAUCUCGCUUCCGUACGCUCGCUAUCAUUUGUCCAUCUCAAUGCAAGCAUUGUCCUUGACAUCGACUUUGAUGUACGUGGUCAGAGGUUUGGCAUCGUGCGUCGGAGCACUCUAUCGCCUCCUGCUAGGAAAGAAGACUUACAUUACACAUUCGACUCCAGGUGGCAUGCGAACGUCCCACAAUUUAUUGCAUCUGUCAUGCAAGACGUGCGCUGGGCUGAAGAUCUGCACAUAAGUUAUCCGUACACGGAGAGCUCACUCUCUUUGCUCACUACAUUCAAGUCUUGUGUCUUGGAGCGGGUCAGGCAAGCUUACUCGGUCACAAUCGACGAAAGCACAAUGAGCUGGUACCGUUGCUGGAGACUCUUGAAUGAGCAGUGGAAUGCUCGUAAUGGCUUCUCGUGUUCUAGCAUCAGGGAGAUUGCAGAGAUGCUGGUUGAGAUCGAGUCGGACGUGGAGAGCCUCUGGGUCGAUGACUUCGCCUAA